UUGGUUUCCCUGGCUGUGGAGUGGGGGAAGGGUCUCCCAUCUAAGCACAAAGCAGGCCUGAUGCCGCUCAGCUUAUCAGCUCCAACAAGAUCAUAGCCUGAUGUGCUAUGGCUGUAUUGAGAACCUGUUUGCAUCCUUGCAGGGCCAGGAAGAGGAAGGAAAAUACCAGCUUUCAUGCCCAGGAAGGCAGAGAGCAGCAGAGGAGGCGGCGAAAGAAAGCAGCGGCCAAGCCCCAGGGCUCAGGCCAGGCUGGCCUGGCAAGCGGGGAAGGGUCAGUGACACCCCAGCGUGCCCUGGACCUGCUCAACAACAAGGUGGUUUUCAAAGCCUACAGAAAGGCGGCUCAGGAAAUGCAAGAUGCAGGGCUCCAGAGGGUGCUGGGGCUGUUGGAGAAGCUGGAGCGGUGCCAGGCAGCCCCAGAGGGCAGGAUGCGGCUGAGCUGUGUGCUGAAGCUCCUGGACCUCUGGGACCAGCAAGGGGCUGGGCCGCUGACUCCUCCCCUCCCCAGGGAGCUGAGGAAGAGACUGAGGGCAGAGGUGGGCCAGGGAGGAGUAAGCAACUCAAGCAUGGAUGAAAUCCAAGCUGCCUUGUAUGCGCACGUUGCUCCGGCCUUCGAGAGCUUCUGGGCUGAGGUGAGCGAGGGGCUGGACAGGCACGGAGUACAGCCCUCCCAGAUGCAAGACGAGGGCUGGCCCAAACUUCAGCCACUCCUGCAUUUGCUGGCUGCCAAGGUGGCCCUCAAGCGUCUAAAGAACAGGAAAGCCGCGGUGGGGUCAGUAGCUACAGCCCAGCCCAGCCAGGAAGACAAGGCCUCCUUCUGCCAAUUCCUCAGGGCUGCUGCCGAAGGCUGGCCCACCCUGGAGAUGCUGCACUUCCUCAAACACCUGCAGGUCCAUGGCCCCCCUGUGCUGGAGCACGGCCUGCACUUCCAGCUGGAGGUGCAGAAGUUCAAGAAUGCCCAUCACGCCAUGCCGGACAGGGCUCUCCUGAGGAAGAAGGUGCAGGUGAUCCGCAACUGCUUCCUUGUCUCCCAGCUGGAGCCCCGGCUGCAGGUGGCGGUGGAUGCUGAGAAGCUGGGGAGAGCUGUCCGGGCAGCUGAGCAGGCCCUCCAGCAGAAUGCCCCAGCACCACCUCCCGGCCUGUUCGAUGAGCUGAGGGAGUCUGUCUUCAGCACCCUACUGCCGUACUGGGCUGGGUUCCGAAAGGCCUGGCUGAAGCGGUCGCUUGAGAGUGCCCAGAGAGCCCCGGUGCUGAGAGCCCAGCAGCUCCUACAGCAGAGACGGGCCCUGUUUGAGCGGUCCCAGGGCCCACCACAAACAUUCCAGCUGCCUCCUCUGCAGCAGCGCGCCAACGUGAAGGGGAGCAAGCAGCAGGACAGCUUCACUUACACCUUCUCCGUCAGCAGGGGCAUUGCCCUGAAGGUCAGCGGGCAGGUUUGCACACCCACUCCUAAAGGGAACGGGCAGCCAGCAAAGGGUCGCAGCUGGCUGUAA